AUGCCGUCUGCCCGACCUCGUCGAGCCCGGCGUGCCCCAAUGGCUUGCGCACGUUGCCAUGCCCGCAAAGUACGAUGCGAUGUAGCCUUUCAGGGCUCGCCAUGUACGAAUUGCCGUCUCGACGGGUGUGAAUGUCAUGAAAGGGGGCAUAAAGAAUCAAAUACACCGCGGAGGCAACCGCAUCAACACCGCGCAUCCUAUCUCCAUUCCAAAGUGGAGAAAACUCGCUCUAGUGCAGAUACCCGAUCGAUGCGAGGGAGCUUGUCCUCUAUCCUAUCCCACGGCCCCCGCCAUGCUAAAUCAGAAAACGGUAUAUACUCGCAGCUACCGUUUGCUUACUACGGCUUCCUCAACACAUCUACUCUGCAGCGCCUGGAUGAAACGCAUAUCAGAUUUCUGGAGGAAAAGGGCUGCCUGCAUUUACCACCCAGAGUCGUGAUGGAUAUCUUCCUGCAAUACUACUUUUUAUAUGUCCAUCCAUGUCUCCCCAUACUUGAUCAGGCUCAAUUUUUGUUUGAUUAUCGCCACCCAGAACAGUCCACAUGUCAGUACUCGUUGCCUUUGUUGCAGGCGGUGCUCUGCGCGGCUGCUGCUUUUGUCCCGACUGAUGUGGGAACGCGCUGGGGGUCGGUGUCUAUUGUUUCUACUCGGAAUGAACUCUACCAAAAGGCGAAGCUACUCUAUCAUUCUGGUAUGGAAAAGGACCCUUUGGUUCUUGCACAAACGACACUGCUGCUGAGUCUUUUCGACUGUAGCAUGGACGGAACUGGUAGUUCGGUCUGGUUGUCUCUGGCGAUCGGGCAUGCAAAGGCUGUAAAAGCUCACCAGUUUGGUUGUCUGGCAUUGGACGCCUCUGCAGACAGACAUAAUCUCAAGAGACUCUGGUGGUGCUGUAUAGUUCGUGAUCGGGCAGUCUCGUUGGGGAUGCGUCGACCAAUCCAAAUCACUCCCGACUUAACUCCCGUAGGCGCAAAUGGUGCCCUGUCACUUCAGGACCUGCAGAAACGUCAAAACCUUUCCGAGGUGUAUUCAUACGAGGUGCAGUGUGAACUACAUAAGAUAUUCAUUCGACAGUGUCACCUUGCGGUCAUAGUGACAGACUUGCUCAUGGUAUUAUAUCCAGACCCCAGGGAAAGCUUACCAGAAGCGCCUAGUUCUGGCUCUGGCCCGUGGGAGCAACUAGGGAGGUUUGAAUUGAGAUUGUCCCUUUGGCAUACGGAAUUCAUAAUCGCCAGUGAACAUGACUUGCCUGUUAGACAUGACUCAAUCUCUCUUUUGCUCUCCCUAACGUCAAUAUAUUAUCAAGCAACACGAAUGGCUAUGUGCAGCUACUCCACAAGAUUGGUCUGCUGUUUGCACACUACCCCGGCGCGUGAGAAUACCCUGGAGUAUUAUGGAAAUGAGCUUCGAGACGCGGUAACUCAAGUUACUACAGAAAUAAGUGACUUGAUCGAAGCGGACCUGGCAAUGUUUGUUCCCAAUAACUUAAUGCAGUUAUUCCUCCUGCCGAUGAUCCUAUGGGGUAUCAAUUUAGUCCUGUCCCCCACGCCGCUCCUACUGGAGGAAAGCACGAAGAACCUCUCACUUUUUAGGGCCAUGAAUCAUUUCUAUGGCUUGCGGGUUGAUGUCAAGCCCUUAUCAGUUAUGGUCAAGCACACGCUUGAUUUUAUAAAGCCGAAGAUCAUCGCGAACGCUCUCGGGGCGUCCGGCGCUACACCUUCUUGCUUCUCUGACUUCUUCCGGCAGGACCCACAGAGCUACUGGGAAUUGUGUCUUCACCUCGAACGUUUAUUAGCCGACAAGGUGGGCAGGGGCCGUGUAGAUGAUCUGUCCACUAGCACACCGACUCAGGAACCUGAAAUAGUUACUCCGAUCCAGCCAGAUCCAUCGUGUUUGGACACACAGGCACACGGCCUUUGCGUGAUUAUCCCGGAAGAUCCACCCGACCUCGAGCCUUGGGACAUACUGAGCAAUGGUGAGCAGGCCGUAACGGAUAUUCCCAGUCGCCAACAGCAGGGGCUACAAACAGACUUCCAAAUUGCUCAAGAUUUUAAGAUAUUUCAUGAUGCUUAUCCCGUUCCAUAUGUAUAA